GUGACGAAUCCGGCGUCCGUGUAGUUUGGGUAGUUCACACGGAGUUACGCCUGUGGAAGGAGGGACAGGAACAGGGAGUGCUAAAAGCUCUGGAGAACAGCUCCUGGGUGUUUUUUUACCCCAACUCUGGAAGUAAAGAAAAACAUGAAGGACUUCAGGAAAAGGGUUAUGAAAAUAUUGCAGUGAAUGUUCUUAAUAAUAACAUUCCAUACAUACUUUCUCUUGAACAGUUUAUGUUCACAUGUGGUGAAUAUUUUGAUCAAUCGCACGUGGCUCUACCCAAUGUUUCAAAGUUUUUCUUGCAUCAAGCUCUGGAAGAGAGAAAAUCCGCAGAGGCUUUGAUGAAGUAUCAGCAAGAAAGAGGAGGCCAUUACUGCUCUAAAACCAUCCAGAAACCAAACUGCGAGUAUGCAGUGGGUCUGAUGAAAGCCCUGGAAGUAGCAAUGGUACAGUGGAAAACUAUAAUACGGUAUUUUGAAGAGCUUUACGCCCUGAGUAUGGAAAAUGCAGAUCCUCACAGUGCAAGCACAAUCAAGAAACAAUUUAUCGGGCCCAAAAUCGAGAAGAUCAAGCUGAUGGGAGAUCUACUGACCAAUGCUCGCAGGCUUGACUGUUCCCAAGAUGGCAGAAACAGUCUUGGGGAUUACUUUAUGGACCGGUUGCAGAAAGAGUUCAGAACAGGCAUAGAGCCAGAGUCUAGUCAGCACUGCCCCUGCCCACCUCUCCAGCAGUGCUCAGGAGCUGCAGACGGUCUGAAGCGAGCCCAGGGAGGAUGUGCCCAGCACAGGAAUGGCAUAGGGCCCAUAUGGGCAACCAUACACUGCAGUGCCACGCUGCCACAGUGUCCCCAGGGGACAGGGGCCCCCGCGAGGCAGGGCAGGGAGGGGCCCUAAUGCUGCGGCUGCUG